UCAUUUCACAACACUGAGGCGAGGAAACGAGCCAGCGCUAUCAACAACACUGCUGCCCCGAGGGCUCUUCCUAGUCAAGUCCUGAGAGCCACAGAGGAAUCUUGGGAAUACCACUGCAAAAUGAAGAACACUGUUUAUUCGAAAACGUUUCCGAGCUUUUCUUUUUUAUCGUCUGUUUCUCGAUAAACUGGUUGGCGGAUCAUACCUUCAUUUCCAGAUCAAGACACCGAUGAAAAUAACAUCAGUCACCGCGAGUAGAUAGCAGCGUUUAGAUAAAAACCCAUUUCGCCUUUAAAAUAAUACGCCUACAUGAUAACCAAGGGACAUCAUGCAGGGGCAACAGCAGCGCUUAACCUUUAGUUUUACAACGAUAUAUAGACUUAAUUAGAAAUUUCGGAUUACUGAUACAAAGCACGCCUGCACGCGCUUCAUUCCGGAUUCGACCAGCAAGCCGCAAAGAAACUCAACCCAAAAGUGUUGAAGAGCUCCAUGCAUUCAAAAAGGGAGAGGAGAGGAGCGCUGUCCCGUGCUGGAUGGAUGGUUAUGGGGAAAGGAGCAGGACCAUCGGCGCUACAAGUCUGCCAGUUCGUUGUACUCUUUCUCUGUCUGUUUCCAGCAGCAACUCUGCAGUGUAAGAUCCUGAAGUGUAACUCAGAGUUCUGGGCCUCCACCUCCAGCUCUGGCCCAGAAGAGGAGUUCUGCACUGCUCUGCGAGCGUAUAACAGCUGUGUCCGUCGCACUGCCCGUACGUGCCGGGGUGACCUGGCCUACCAUUCAGCCCAACAUGGCAUAGAGGAUCUUAUGAGCCAACACAAUUGCUCUAAAGAAGGGCCCACUACCCAGCCUCGUGCCCGCACACCCCCGCCCCCGGUCCAGCCACCGCCGGACAUCAACGCUCCCUCGGACAAACCAGAGGUGUGCCAUUAUGAGCGGAGUUUACCACGUAAUGCUGCGCCUCCAAAUUACACUCACUGUGGCUUUUUUGGGGACCCACAUCUCCGCACAUUCAACGAUGACUUUCAGACCUGUAAAGUUGAGGGUGCCUGGCCACUGAUUCACAAUAAGUACCUGUCUGUGCAGGUUACGAACACUCCUGUUGUACCUGGAUCUUCUGCUACAGCUACUAGCAAGCUAACAAUCAUCUUCAGGAACUAUCAAGAAUGUGUAGACCAGAAGAUGUACCAUGCGGAGACUAACGAGCUUCCAGCUGCAUUUGCUGAUGGUUCAAAGAACGGAGGUGACCGCCAUGGGGCCAACACCUUACGUAUAGUAGAGAAGGUGCCUGGACAACAUGUGGAGAUCCAAGCACGUUAUAUCGGCACCACUAUUGUAGUUCGGCAGGUUGGCCGCUACCUCACUUUUGCAGUGCGGAUGCCAGAGGAAGUUGUGAAUUCGGUGGAGGACCAAGAUAACCAGGACCUUUACCUCUGCCUGCAUGGUUGCCCUGCCAACCAGCGAAUAGACUUCAGGACCUUCAGAGCACAUGCAGCUGAGAGCCAAGGCUUAGGCAGGGGCGGGCCGGGCACUCCUACACAUGGUUUCACACACCAGUCAGCCAUGGCCAAGUGCAAAGAACGUCUACCAGUUGAGGAUUUGUAUUUCCAAUCCUGUGUUUUUGACUUGCUAUCUUCUGGGGACAUCAACUUCACCCUUGCGGCCUACUAUGCCUUUGAGGAUGUUAAAAUGCUCCACUCCAACAAAGACAAGUAUCACCUCUUUGAAAGGGAUACAAUAUUCAAUUCUGCCUCAGAGAAAUGGGGUUUUAGUUUCCUAAUCCUCAUCAGCCUUGUUGUCGUACAGUUAUGGACUGACAUGCAUUUCAUUUGUCUGUAGUCCCCAAUGGACAUCCUUGUUAGAUGGUUGGAAGGUGCUGUAUGCAUGUGAAAUGCUGCUCUCACCAUGUUGUGUUCCAUCUAUCAGAGGUUGGGAUUCUCAGCUAGAGCCUGAGAUUCUGCCCAGGGCUUUCACACUUGUGUGUCUUGUGUCACGCCAUGGACUCAUCUCUCGUCAUCAUCACGUAUGUUCAUUCAUCAGGCCAGAGCAGAAGCGUUCCUGGAGACCCACCCAUCUCUGUGGUCAUCCUGCUGAUCUCAUAACUGGUUCAUGACAGAGAACAGUGCUGAGAGGUCCUGAGACUCGAGUCAGAUUAAACCACCCUUUUUCCCACCAGGGUGAUGUGUCACUGACAGGAGUGAGAGGGGGAUGAUCCUUUGCAGAAAGAAGAGCUUGGAGAUGUUCUUCAGUUCACUUGAUGCCAAGUGAGAGGUGAAGUAUGUCUCCCGGAGCCAGGCUGGAGGACUGACAGGAGCUUUUAUUCACGUCUCCAAAGUUGGAGGGCCGGCAGGGGUUCUCUUUGAA